AUGGAGAAGUGCUUGGCGGGCGGGAGAAUAAGCAAGCCUUGGGAUGGGAGUGGAAAUGAGGCGGCGGCCAGUCGGUCUGUUCUGUCGCUGCUUGCUGCUGCCAUGUCCCGCUGGGAAUGGAGGACGGAGGAACACUGGGCAUCCUUUGGGAGUUCGAGUCCAGUUGGCUCCUUAUCAUCUGAGGAUCAUGACUUUGACCCUUCUGCUGAAAUGCUGGUUCAUGAUUAUGAUGAUGAGCAAACUCUCGAAGAGGAGGAAAUGAUGGAAGAAAACAAAAAUUUCAGCGCUGAAAUUUUUGUUUUCGAAAAGGAAGGAAACAUGCCAUUGGAAGAUUUACUGGCAUUCUAUGGAUAUGAACCCACGAUUCCAGUUAUGGCAGGUUCCAGUGUGAAUAGCUCUCCAAGUGAACUUGCAGAUGAACUUCCAGAUAUGACGUUAGAUAAAGAAGAAAUAGCUAAAGAUCUCUUGUCGCGUGAUGAUGGAGAAACACAGUCCUCUGCUGAUGACUUGAUGCCGUCAGUUACUUCACAUGAGGCUACAGACUUCUUUCCUCGGCCAUUAAGAUCAAACACUACUUGUGAUGGAGAUAAAGAAUCAGAUGGUGAAGAUGUGGAGGUAGACAGUGGUAAUGCAUCCGAAGAUUUGAGAAAGGAAAUAAUGGUUGGUUCAAAGUAUCAGGCUGAAAUUCCACCUUACCUUGGCAGGUGUACUGAUGAUGAAAAGGGUAAGUUCUCCUGACUCUUUCACUUUUUAUCUUAACGUUAGCAGUUGAUGAAAAAAUAUUAUAUGAAUUUUUAAAGUCGAGUCUGUGUCUUAGUUAAAAUUUGAGAUCUUAAAAACACAAGAAAAUGGAAGUGAUACACCCAAAUAAUUAUUUUCAGAAAUGUGAUUAUACAACUCUGAGAGGACAUAAUGAGAAUGAUAUAGGAGGGUGGACUGCAAUGUUAAUUCCAGAGUAUCGAGUAAUCCUCCGUUGGUAAAUGUAGAAGGAGAACUUGCUUCAGCGGACAAAGAGAAGGCUGAGGUACUGAAUGAGUUCUUUGUCUCGGUCUUCACUGGCGGCUGGGAUUCCAGUACUUCUCAUGUCCCUGAGCCUUGC